AUGGCUUUCCCAUACGCUAUGUGGCCUCCGCCAUCUCAAUUGUAUGCUGUCCCAGCUACAUCGCCACCUUUGGUUUCUGGCAUGUAUAACCAAUAUGGUGACCCAUCGUCUUUUGUUCGUGAUCAUCUUACCAGAAUCACAGGUGGUAACUCUCACGAAACUUUUGGACCUCAAGACGAUUGGUUCAUCGAUGAACUUAUGAAACAUGAUGAUCAUAAGAAAAUCAUUUACGAAGUUUGUAAAGAACGUUUAGGACUUGGCUGGCCUUAUUGUUAUAAAGCCAUGCAAGUUUUAGAACAUGCUCCCAAUCCCGAUCUUCUUCAAUUCACCGACGCUUUGAAUAAACUCAACGAAUCAGCCGCGACGGUAUUAGGUUCUGCUGAAAUCAAAAAGAAAGCAAAACCUUUAUUGGAUAAAGCGAAAAGUGAAGCGGCGAAGAAAGAAGCGGAAGAAGCGAAGAAAAAACAAGAAGCUAUCGCUCAUAUGUGGGGUGGAAUGUGGGCGAAUGAUGGUUAUAAAGCACCUGCAUUAUAUAACGCUGGAUGGCAAGGUUUCCCUUGGCCUUAUGUCAAUAUGGCUCCAGGUGUUCAAGCGGCAGCUCAGGUAGAUUGGAAUAGUAAAGCCCCAGCGGGUUGGAAUUCGUAUGUUCUCCUCCCUGUCGUCACUCCUAAUCGUGCUAUACCUAUCUGGGGAUGGCCUGGACGCUAG